UUGGCGGUCACCAUUUGGACCACCUCUUGAAACCAGAACUUGAUGCGUAACGAGAAAAAGUUCCGAGUGAAAGUUAAUCGUUUUGUUCAGUAGAUUUUGAUUCUGCGAAAGAAAGGAGGGAGUUCCGUGGAAGAAAAAAAGAUGUUGACCUUUAAAUAACUUUUCAAACGUAUGAUCAUAAUCACACGUACAACUUUCGUUCAAAAACUUCUUUGAUCAAGCCAGCAGUUUUCGAGAGAAUUGACCAUUCCUCAUGAAAACUUGAAAUAGCUUGUCCAUCAAUGAAAUUUAAAAUCAAAAAUCAGUUGCAAAUGUCGAAUUGAUAAGGAGAAGAACGAGUUGAGAAAGAAUACCGAAAAUCACGUUUCGACCAGCAGAUUGAACGGGAAUGUAUCUAUUUUACUUCUUGUUGCUUUAUCAGGUGGGGUUCGACGAUUAAAUCAAUUUACCACUUCCAGCGUCCUAAUAAACUGCGUAUUUUCAUAAGUCUCUUAAAUAUUAUUAGGGCCUUGAGACGAAGAUACGUAUCUAUACUCAUUUAUCUUAUUGGUAUAAUUACGUGAGCCAUUUAUGAUGUCAAUUGGAGCUAUAAAGGUGAUAACUCAUUUAUAAUCCAUCUCAAAAAACAAUGCGACGUUCGUGAAACUAAGCAAAACCUGACAAGCACGAUGGCUCUCCUGUACGGUGUAUCGCUAAAGUAUUCAUUUCUCACGAUAUUAAUGAAAUCGAUCGUUUGUCUUUCUUUGACCCCAGUACAAUUCGAGAAUAUACCACAACCGGAAGUUCAAAUUUCUCAGGGUGCACUGCGAGGGUAUACACUAACGACUCAGCACGGUCGUAAUGUAUCCGGUUUUCUAGGAAUUCCUUUCGCUCAACCGCCAGUCGGAAACCUUAGAUUCGCUAAUCCAUUACCAGCGGAUAAUUGGAACGGCACACGAGAUGCUACAGUUGAUGGGAAACUUUGCCCCCAGUCCUUCGGAAGCGGAGUAAUGAUGGGCGAUGAAGACUGUUUGUAUCUCAACGUUUAUACGCCACAGCUACCGGAGAGCUCGAAUUCCUCGUUACUCCCUGUUAUGGUUCAUCUACACGGAGGUGCUUACAUAUCGGGAUCUGCAUCGCCCGACGCUCUUGGACCAGAGUAUCUCCUCGAUGCGGACGUUUUACUCGUGCUUCCAAACUACCGUUUAGGCCCGUUAGGAUUUUUGACCACCGGUGACGAAGUCGCGUCUGGAAAUUGGGCAUUGAAAGACCUAGUUCUCGCACUCCAAUGGGUUCAGGCGAAUAUUGCAAAGUUUGGCGGUGAUCCUGAACAAGUGACAAUAUUUGGAAUCAGUGCGGGCUCCAAUGCCGUUCAUAUGCUGACUCUUUCGAAUGCAACGCAUGGACUUUUUCACAAAUACAUAACGCAGAGUGGAUCGGCUAUCGCGACAUGGGCUUGGGAGCCACGAAGUUUUGCCGCGAAAAAAGCUUUUCAACUUGGCGAAUACGUCAAUUGCUUCGAGAACACCACCGAUUCUCUGAUCGACUGUUUACGAUUGGCUAAUGCUUCUGACAUUCUUGCAACGCUACCAAAUUUCCUAACUGGUGAUCUGAAUUAUAUCAACUGGAUCCCGACCGACGAACCGGACAUCGAAGGUGCUGUUUUGACGGACAGCCCCGCCAAUAUUUACGCCAAUGGAGGAGUUCGCGAUCUACCAUGGAUUUCGGGUGUCACUCACGACGAAGGACUUUUGCACACAGCGAGCUAUUACGUAGAUGACGAGAGUUUCUGGAAGUUCAUGGAUAAUUUCAGAACCUAUUUACCGAAAAUCAUGUCUUGGGAAUAUCAACCUGACGGCGGAGCCGCCUGGGCGAACGCUACAUUGAGUCAUUAUUUUAACGACGAUCUUACUGGGAACAAAUCGCAGUUAUUGACGAAUCUCACCACCCUCGUGACUGACGGCUUGUUUUUUCACCCUGCCUACAAAGGACUAACGGCAAGCGGGUGGUUGCUGAACGCUAAUAGUUCUGGAUACCUUUACCUCUUCAAUUAUCGGGGUGCCGUCAGUGGUACUUUUUACCCCACCGGAUCUACGGAGGACUUCGGUGUGGCACACGGUGACGACACUAACUACUUAUUCAAAGAUAACAGGGGACCCGGAGAUUUCAAUCAAUCAUUGACCGAAUCUGAUUAUGCAAUGGUAGACUCCAUGGUGGAGUUGUGGACGUCAUUUGCGAUAAAUGGGACGCCUACUGCUUCGUCUUUAAAUAACGUCGAAUGGAAACCCUUCUCGAAUGACGAAAGUUUCCUUGAGAUAGGGAACCAUACCGACGUGGUAUUCCAAUUGAGGCAUACCUUCUUCAAGGAACGCAUGCAGUUUUGGGAGGAAUUGACAUCAGGUACUCCAAAUAAGAACGCUGCCGGAUCUAUUUAUAAUCGGAAUUUCCUUGCCAUCCUAGUCACAUUUUUGACGAUUCUCACGAUGAGAUCAACAAUCAUUUGACACGAGAAGAUUUUUCUUCAUCGCAGAUAAUCUUUCGCAAUUACAAGAGUAUUCCAGUCGAUCGAAUUGAUAUUUAUGUUAGAUGCGUCCUUCCUCCCUCUUGAGUUGAUAAAAGGAUUUCUGAAUACAUGAAAAAUCGAUAGUGGUUACCCUAAAAAUUUGAGAAAAAAGACGUUUUCGAUGUUCAUCUACACUACCAUACGUUCAUCACAACGAAUCAUUAAUAAUCACUUUCAUCUACAUUGUUCAGAUUUCGAACAAUCCAAAUAGAUUUAUAUUAUGAACACAGCUGUACUGAUAUUUUGUUGGAACAAUAAACAAUGUUGGUACACAGAUGAAA